UUUCAGAGUCCCGAAGUAAAGUCUAAAUGGAGUCAGUGUUAAUUGUAUGCACGUGACAAUUGUGUGGCUGUAAAAUAAUUUUUAGAUCUGUUCCUGUAUACGGUUCAUAGAAUAUUUUCUUUGUUUUUCAUCUAAGCUGCCUUGAGGAAUGUUUUUAAAGCAUGAUUUUUGAACAUCUACAGUCACAAGAUCCUCAGUCAUUUGACUUUCCAUCCACUUCCCUGCGUGUCUUUCAUUAACAUAUAUUCUCUAAUCUAAUCCGUGCUGCUGCUCUGCUCUUGCCAGCGAAGCUGUCAGAUUGCUACCUUAAUGUUAUAAAAUGCUUGUCAGGUACUUAAAGGUAAUGCAGCUUUUUUUUUUUUUUAAACAUCAGUGAUAUGAGAAUCACUUGUUUGCCUGCGUGAUUAUAUAAUAUGGUUGAGACUUCUGCCGAAAUUUGACCUCAGCUCCAACAAACUCUGCUUGAGCCUGAAUUUAAUUAUGUUUCAAGGUGGAGACUUAAAAGGGGAGGGUUAGAGAAAAUGAUAAUCUGCUUCCAUCUGAUUUCAGGGUCAGAUCACUGAUUAUACAUAGACAAUGUACAAGCUGGACCUUUAUGAAUCGUAAAGGAAUUGUGCUGAUUAAUAAUUGGAGGCCAGUAAACAUGUAUCAGAUUUUUAGAUGCACUCUCUUCCUUUGUCUUUUCUCAUCUGCUGUUCCUCUGUUCUGUUACACGUGUGUUUUCCCAUCCAUCUCACCGCUGGACUGUCUCAAGUUCCCAACCAGGUGUCCGCCGGGUCAGCUCUGUCUUUCUAGCAAAGCUGUAGGACAGCGGGGGGAUUUUCAAGUCGUUUUGUAUGAAAAGAGCUGCGUUCUUCCUGUCCUGUGUGGACUAACAGGAGAGAAGUUUACCAUGGGUUUAAACUUCACUUUCACCAAUGACUGCUGUGAUACUCUACUUUGCAACGGCGUCUCAAGCUCUUCUGCUUUCCUCUUGCCCAGCACCCUGCUCUCACUUCUUCUGACACGGUUUUAUUUACAGUAAGCGGUCCCACUUUAUAUUAGGUGGCCUCAACUACUAUUAAUCAUUGCGUACAAUGCCCUUAUUGUGUACGUAGAUGUUUUUACGUUGUACUUAUAUUAAAAGAAAUAUUUAUGCAA